AUGCUUGAUCUUGUACCAACGGUGUUUGAUCUAGGGAAAGUUAAAACUCGAUACCCAAACAACGGCAAAUCAUGGGUUCCAUUGUUGCACCCGCAAUCGACAGAUGAUAUCGUUCACAAAGAUUAUGUUGUGUCAGAAGGAGGCUUCUUAAAAACCGAGGAGCCGAUUAUUGAGGUCGCACCGUUUCCUUACGAUAUUAAGGCGAAUUUACAGCACGAUGAAAUUGAUACAGUUGGUCGCGUGGUCUCUAUGAGAACCAAAGAGUUCACAUUCAUAUAUCGAUUAUAUGAACCGAAUGAGUUGUAUAACAGAAUAGAAGAUCUAGAAGAGAGACACAAUCUAAUCGCCGAUCCAACAUACACGUCUAUAGUUGAUGCGUUUGAAAAGAAAAUGUUAAAGUUCUUCAUAGAAAGCAGUGAUCAUGCUCCAUUUGUAACUGACACUAGAAUUCCAGAAGUGAACCUACCUCUACCAGGAUCAAAGCAGUUUAAAUAA